UUGCUUUCUAUUAUACUAAUCAAAUAAAUAGUACAGUGAUUGAAUUAAGUCUCCAUUAAGAAAUUAAGGCUUAGAAAUGGCACCAACAUGGCGUAUCACCUUUUUUCUGUUAGCACUUUCAUUGAAAAUUGUUCAUUCUCUGCACUUCAAUUUGAUUCAUAAGUACUCGGUGUAUUCUCCCCUCUUUCCCGGAAACCUCACUAAAUAUGAGAGGGCGAAGCGCCUUUAUGCAGAUAACAUAGCGCGCGCACAAACCUUGAGACCGUCCCUCUUAGGUCUCAACUAUAGCGUGGAACAUCUGCGCCCUACUAUCAAAGCUCAGCCCCAUGUCUACAUGGUAGAGAUCUACAUCGGCACGCCCGCCAAAAGGAAAUACUACUUAGUCAUGGACACUGCCAGCGACAUCUUAUGGAUGCAAUGCAAGCCAUGCAUUCAUUGUUGGAAACAGCCCGUGCCGAUCUUCCAUCCCGCCAGGGAGUCCAGCUCCUUUGAACCCAUCCCUUGCAACCAUACAUUGUGCGAUUUGAGCGACCCGGAUAGGAAAUGCGUUAAAGGCCAAUGCCACUACACCAUAAAAUAUGCCGAGGGCUCUUCAUCGAAAGGUCUCCUCGCCUCCGAGACAUUAGGUUUUUCCUCCGACAGGUCCCAAAAGGAGUUUGUGCAUAAAUUUGUCUUCGGUUGCGCAAAUGAUAACCGAGGUUUCUCGAUGCCAAAAGCGCUAUCAGGACUUUUCGGCCUUGACAUGGAGCCAUUAUCGCUCGCAAGUCAGCUGACGGGACCGAUUGGUGGCAGGUUCUCAUAUUGCCUUCCGCCGUUCACGAGCAAUAGGCAGCCGCCGAGCCGGCUCAAGUUCGGCGAUGAGGCCAUUCUUAAAGGCCCUCAUGUAAAGACUAUCCGCAUUAUCUAUGUGCCGACUCAGCCGCUGUACUACCUUCCUCUCUCAGACGUGAGCGUCGCCGGCCAUCGCCUCGGCUUCACGCCAAAAGAUUUUGCUCUCCGUAAAGAUGCCGAAGGGUUACUGAGAGGGGGCGUUUUUAUCGACUCGGGCUCAACAUAUACUGCGUUCCGCACGGGAGGCCCGUAUGAGCGGAUAAGCGAGGCGUUUAGAGCGUACUUCAAGCAGCUUAAGUUGCAGCCGGCGAAUCACAGUUCCUUUGAGGUUUGUUAUAGAGUGCCGCACAAGGGGGUUGAAGGGGAGUUACCUGGAUUCGUGCUUCACUUUAUCGGCGGCGUCGAUUACGUCGUUUCACCGCAGCAUGUGAUAGAGGAGAUGGAGAAGAAUAUAAUCUGCGUCGGCAUAGUAGGUGUUCCGAACUUCAGCAUUCUCGGAGAACAUUACCAAUACAAUCACCGUAUCUCGUACAAUGUCAGAGAGAAACUAUUAUCCUUCGCUCCUGCGGAUUGCAGUCGAGUUGUAUGA